CCCUCCAGCGCAGCGGGAUCUCGGUGACGCCUUUCCGUCGCUCGACAGGCCCGAAGGGUGCCCGAGGCGGCGCAGGGUCCCCUCCCCAGCAGCAGGGUGUUCCUGUGAGACAAACAGAAAAAAUGAUUGAUAUUAAGGCUUGGGCUGAAUACAUUGUGGAGUGGGCUGCAAAGGACCCAUAUGGCUUUCUAACUACAGUGAUUUUGGCCCUUACACCAUUGUUCAUAAUAAGUGCAGCACUUUCAUGGAAGCUUGCAAGAAUGGUUGAGGCCAGAGAACGAGAGCAGAAGAAGAAACAAAAACGCCAAGAGAAUAUUGCAAAAGCCAAACGAACAAAGAAGGAUUAAAUGCAGGGUGGGGGGAGAGAAGACCUUCCUUGUGCAACGAAUCCACCUUAAUACAAAACACUUGUACGUUUUGCUGUAACUGUUCUCUGAUACUUGAUCCUUUUAUUUCUUAAAUAUGAAAUUUAAUUUCUUCAGCAUAUUUUUUUCUGCUGAGAUGAUUUGUGUUAAACUUUGCCCAAGCGACUCCUGUUACAAACAUUUAAUCUACUACUUGUGUUCCAGUGCAGGUUACUUUUCUAAAUUUGCACAGGUGGCUCUGGGGAUAGAUUAUUUUUUUCUUUGAGCUAUGAUUUAACAGGAAUCUUAAAAAUUGAGAUUAUGGUGGAAACGUGAAUUUCAAACUGGAUUAGAGAAAGGCAAUUUUUUGUAUACUUUCAACAAAGAUGCAGAAAUCAGCCAGCUUCAGUUACUGAUUUCCUUUAAGGGCACGGCCUGUGGUGCUGCUGUCAGUUCAGCUGUGUGCCCAUGGGGGGCUGCUGUAGCCUCUUUGAUGAUGGGGCUUUGUCUGGAAAAAGAACCUAGGUUAGCUUUUCCUCUUUCCUGAACUAGCAGCCAUCACGUCUUUUAAUUCAACCAAAACUCUAGGAAGCUGAAUGCUUGUUCUUGGUACCUUCAUAUAUCUUAAUCCCCAUGUGUUCUACAAAAUACACUACUGUAUUUGGUUUUCCUAAUGAUCACCUGAAUGUUCCACCUGUAACUAAUUUGUUUCUCCCUUUAGAAACUUUUCUGUGUUGUGAACAGCCGUAAAUGGGGUGAGACCAAAGGCCCAGGUGGCCUAGUGUCCUGGCAAACUGUAGCAGGUGGCUGUAGGAGAUUAUAGGAGGAGGAUGCACAUGCUGGUGCCAGGUUCUUCCUAUCUUUGCCUACCUUUGUUUUGGACCUUCUGAGUUUAGGCAAGAUCUUUGUUCUUCUGGCCCUUGAAACUCUGCUUCUUUCCAGGUUGCAAAAUUGUAGCAUACUGGAAAAAGUGGGGUUUGUGCUGUAAAUAUGGCAAAAUUACUUAAUUCCAAUUAAUGUUUUUUCUAACUAGUGAUUAAUUUCUCAAAGCCUAAUUUUUAUUAGUAGGAUAGUUCUAAAGAGCUUGUGGCAUUAGUUAAGGUUUUCAGACUUGACAUAGUUGUAAGCAUCAACAGAGCUUUGCUUUGUAGCAACUAGUCCUGUUUAAAAAUAAAACCUUGAAACACCAUUGUUCAAAUGAGAAGACCUAUAGAACUAGUUGCUAGAUGAGAAGUCGAGUCUUAAGUGAAAUAACUGAAAGUAAAUGUUGAUGCCCUUUCAAAUCUGUUGGUCAAAACAAGCAUUAUUAGAAUAUGACAUUUUGGCAUUUUGUUACUAUAUGGGGAUAAAUCUUCACAUUUUGUAUCCAGUAUUGUGAAAUGUGUAUGUGUUCCACCUUAGAUACCUGUGUAGCAUAAAGCACAUGGAGGAAAACUGGUGAAGGA